AUGCAAUUUAGCCAUAAUUCCGCCGCAAAGACCAGAGAUAUCAGCGGCACGUACGUUAAUCUGCUAAAAUCCAGGGCCUCAUCGUCGGCAUCGGAGGGAGGAGGGCGACCUCCCGGUGGCCUCCUCGACCCACCCCUCCCGGGGCUUGGCCGAUAUCCGCCGCCGCCGCGGCCAAACCUCGCCACCGGAGCAACGCCGACGGAGACCACCCGGCUUCUUCCGACUGGUCUCCUGGUGAAAAUAUGAAGGGAGAGAGAGCACGGAGAUGGAGAAGAACCCAAAUUCCUGCUAAGGUUUCGAGCUGCGACUGGGGAAGAGGCCGAUUGUCGCAGCUGGAUGCCGGCCAUCGCCGUUAUCUUCCUCCUCCUGCUCCCGCCGCUGCCGCUGGCGGAGGAACCUACUUCCCCACUGAAAACUACAACGAGACCUUAUCCGAAAUAGCUAAUUGGGCCAUUUAUUGGGCCCAUGAUAAGGACCCCGAAAUACUAAUGGGCUGGAACAAACAGUUCCCGUUACAUCAUCGAUCAUGGACCCAAAUGUCUUAUUGGGCCUUCUCCCCCCAAUGCUUGAAGUCACACCGGGAUCCAUCUUCUCAAGGCCCAGCCGAGAAAAAAAUACAUGCACAUGUAGAAAUAAAUUAAAUUAAAUAAACAUUAGUAUGCUAUUUAUUUCGUACUAAUUCAUUAGUAUUAGCAAUUACAGAUGACACGUGGCAGGAAGCGUAAAGUCAACCGUUUCAAAGGGUGUUCAGUCAAUUUCCUCUAUUUUGGGCCCGGGGGCGGAGGGUUCCCUGGCCCAAAACAUCGGUGUUGGCCCAAUGGGCCAACAUGUCCUUAAAAGCCCAUCCGAGAAAACAUGUACACGUGAAAAUCAAACAAUUUAAAUAAAGAUGAUUAUACCAUAUUAUCAUCAAUUUUUCGUAUUUAUUGCGUUCAGUGGCAAGUAGCAUCGAGACCAAAAAGUCAUUACAUGUGAAAAAAAGUAAAAAUUAUUAUGCUACAUUGUCAAACAGUAAAACAGCUGACACGUGGCAGACUGACACUACGACCAAAAAGUCAACAGUUUUAAAACUAGACAGAAGGUAGAGAGCGUCAUCAGAGAAACCAGAUGCAAAAACUCAGCUUUUUUAGUCAACUUCCUCGAUCUUGGGCCCGGCGCCGCCGCCGCCGCCGUCGGAGGGUUCCCCGGCCGAAGCAGCGCCGCCGCCGCCCGCGCUGGCGGCGCCGCCCUGCUGGUACAUGCGGGCGAUGAUGGGAUUACAGACCUCCUCCAGCUCCUUGAGCUUGUGCUCGAACUCCUCCACCUCGGCCAGCUGGUUGCUGUCCAGCCACUUCAUGGUCUCCUCCACCUCUUUCUCGAUCUUCUCCCUCUCCGUCUCCGGCAUCUUCUCCCUCAUCUUCUCGUCCCUCACGGUGUUCCUCAUGUUGUAGGCGUAGUUCUCCAGAGAGUUCUUCGCCUCCACCUUCUUCUUCACCUCCUCGUCCUCCGCCCUGUACUUCUCCGCCUCCUUUACCAUCUUCUCGAUCUCGUCCUUGCUCAGCCUCCCCUUAUCGUUGAUGAUGGUGAUCCGGUUCUUCACCCCCGCGGUCUUGUCCUCCGCCGUCACGUUCAGAAUCCCGUUGGCGUCGAUGUCGAAGCAGACGUUGACCUGGGGCACCCCUCUCGGCGCCGGCGGGAUUCCGGUGAGCUCGAACUUGCCCAGAAGAUUGUUGUCCUUGGUUCGAGCCCUCUCUCCUUCAUAUACCUGGAUCAGAACUCCCGGCUGGUUAUCAGAGUAGGUGGAGAAGAUCUGCUCCUUUUUUGUGGGAAUGGUGGUGUUGCGGGAGAUCAGCACUGUCAUGACUCCACCGGCGGUCUCCAACCCGAGGCUCAGCGGCGUAACGUCGAGGAGGAGGAGGUCCUGCACCUUCUGGUCACCUUCUCCGGUGAGAAUCGCCGCCUGCACGGCGGCGCCGUAUGCCACCGCCUCGUCGGGGUUGAUGCUCUUACAGAGCUCCUUCCCGUUGAAGAAGUCUUGGAGCAGCUGCUGCACCUUGGGGAUGCGCGUUGACCCACCGACGAGCACCACCUCAUCGACGGCCGCCUUGUCCAGCUUGGCAUCUCUCAGGCACUUCUCCACGGGCUCCAUACACCGCCGAAACAGGUCCAUGUUCAGCUCCUCGAAUCUGGCGCGCGUGAUGGUGGCGUAGAAGUCAACGCCCUCGAAGAGGGAGUCGAUCUCCACAGUGGUCUGCGUCGUUGACGAGAGCGUCCGCUUGGCGCGCUCGCAGGCGGUGCGGAGGCGGCGGAGGGCGCGCGCGUUGCCGGCGAGGUCCUUCUUGUGUUUGCGGCGGAACUCGGCGGCGAAGUGGUUGACCAUGCGGUUGUCGAAGUCUUCCCCUCCCAAAUGGGUGUCCCCGGCAGUGGCUUUGACUUCGAAGAUUCCUUCCUCGAUGGUCAACAGCGAUACGUCGAAGGUCCCCCCGCCAAGGUCAAAGAUGAGGAUGUUCUUCUCCCCAGUCCUCUGCGCCUUCUUGUCCAGCCCGUAGGCGAUGGCGGCGGCGGUUGGCUCGUUGAUGAUCCGCAUCACGUUGAGCCCCGCAAUGGCGCCGGCGUCUUUGGUGGCCUGCCGCUGUGAAUCGUUGAAGUAAGCGGGGACGGUGACGACCGCGUUCUUGAUGGGAAACCCUAGAAAGGCCUCUGCAACUUCUCUCAUCUUGACGAGGAUCAUGGAGGAGAUCUCUUCCGGGGAGAAGAGCUUCUGCUCGCCCUUGUAGGAGACGGCGAUCAUGGGCUUGUCGCCGGCGCCGGAGAGGACCUUGAAAGGCCAGUGCGCCAUGUCCGACUGGACGGAAGAGUCCGAGAAGCGCCGGCCGAUGAGGCGCUUGGCGUCGAAGACGGUGUUCGCAGGGUUCAUGGCGACCUGGUUCUUGGCGGCGUCGCCGAUGAGCCGCUCCGUGUCGGUGAAGGCGACGUAGGAAGGGGUCGUCCUGUUCCCCUGGUCGUUGGCGAUGAUCUCCACUCUGUCGUUCUGCCACACGCCCACGCAGCUGUAGGUCGUCCCCAGGUCUAUUCCGAUUGCCUUCCCUCCCCCAUCGCCGCCGCCACUGCUGCUCUUCGCAGACGCCAUCUUCUCUCUCUCUCGCUCUCUCUCUCUCUCUCUCUCGCUCGCUCGCUCGCUUCUUCUGAAUAUCGAUCUGGGUGGGGAGUGGCUUCUGGGAGUGUCCUGGGUUUAUAUAGAGAGAGAGAGAUGGUUCAGGAGAGUUGCAGAGCUUUGGGAGGAGACGAUGCGGGUUAUCGCAGGAAGGACAGGUGGAAGAAGACGAUGGUGGUGCCGCCACGUGUACGAGGGGAGAGCCUUCUAGACUCGGCGGCCUCAAUGGACUGA